CCGUUUUUGUUUUUGUGCUUCAGCUCCUAAAGAAAUAAAAGAUAGCACUGUUUCUGCACAAAAAGUUAUUCUAAAGCUAAUAUGAUUUUAUAACGCAUGCCAAUUCGCCCUGGACUCCUGAAUAGACGAACAAGUGAUCCGCCCACGGUAUCCACGACAGCCGGCGGAAGGUGAGCACAAUGUCCAAGGUAAAUGGCUGGAAUGGGUGUGGAGCGGGAACGCACGGAAAUGGGAGCAGUGCCUCCUUACCACCGACUCCUAAAUACUUGCGCAGCACAGAACUCCGGCGCGUUGAGGACAACGACAUUUACCGGCUGUCCAAAAUCCUUGACGAAAACGCCUGUUGGCGCAAGCUCAUGUCGAUAAUACCGAAGGGCCUGGAUGUACAGACUUCAAGCGCUGCCGGCGGUUUAAACUUUCCAAAUGCCAUAAAGAAAGGAUUCAAGUACACAACACAGGACGCACUGCAAAUUGACGAGGCGGCUAACAGACUAGCACCCGACCAGAGCAAGUCCCAGAUGAUGAUCGAUGAGUGGAAGACGUCUGGAAAAUUGCACGAGCGGCCAACAGUGGGCGUAUUGCUCCAGCUCCUGGUUCAGGCGGAAUUGUUCAGUGCAGCCGACUUCGUUGCGCUGGACUUCCUUAACGAGCCCAAGCCAGAUCGCCCCAGCGACGGACCAGCAGCACCUAUAAGUCUGGACUUAACGGAGCUUCUUGACGAAACCAUGGAUGUUGACGGCGACGGCCUCAAUCCGAGUCCUUCAAAUGUGGCUGCCCAGGGAAGUAUUGGCCUUAAUUUGGACAACUUUGACAAGCAGAUUAUGCCGCGGAACAAAAGCCUGCCCCAACCGUCUGAGACUGUUCCUCCCAUAGCGCCGCCCCGUACCUCUCGUCUGCAUAGGGACGCAACCAGCUCAAACAAUGCCACCGUAUCGACUGCGACCGGGUCUACGUCGGCGACCACGCCCAAUAUACCUAAUCUAACAAUUCUCAACCGCACCGAACAAUUAGCGGAGCAGGAGAAUCAGCCUCGACCGCAAAACAUCCCAAAUUUGUCCAUACUCAUAGCAAGCUCAACAUCUUCAAUGACAACGCAAUCCACUUCUUUGGGGCAGCCAAACAGUCAACAGGAUGGCUCUGCGGACACACCAAACAUACCUAAAAUUACGCUUUUGAUUGAGAACUCUGCCCAGAUAAGCCAGCCAACGACUGAAGCAGCGGAAACGAGCUUAAACAAUUUGCCCAUGAUAAGCGCAUUAAAUCUGAACACUAGCAACGGAGAGUCCCCGCCCCCUAACAGUGACAGUGACAGCAGCCUGAGUAACGACGAAGAUGAAGGAGAUGCUGACGAUCCGGAUGCAUCGCUGCGAAACCUGAGCAACUCGGAGCAACAGAACUCUAACAACGAUUCCAGCCUGACAACGGUGACUGGCACCAGCGGUGAUAACAGCUUCGAAAUGACCAACGACUCAAGUUCGACCUCGAACGACGAUUAUGGCGGAAAUAUUCCAAACCUGAGUGAACUGCAGCCGUAGGGAGUUGCGGAUGCGCCCGUCCAUAGUACCGAUUUCCACACACCAGACAUUCCGUUAUACAAACUAGCUUAAGUUUUGCGCUGUUCAGCCUGCAUGUAUUUAAAUGUUUGCCGACGUCGGCGUGUAAAUGUGGACCUGGUCAUCUUGUGCCGACUGCACAAGAUUCCAUAGAAUCUAAGAUGCAAACUUUGACGUACUACUUGUUUUUUUUUUAAUCCAUAUCACGGCUACUGACAUAGUCCAUGACAAGUGCGGCGAUAUCAAAUAUUUCCGUUUCAAGCAAGCCAUAAGCCAAUAACCUAUUGUAAAGAUUUUUGUAUCUUUUUCUAAGAACACAUUGUUUUCAUGUAUAAAUAUACUGAAAAAGAAAAAAAUGUUUUAUUACCCACAAACGGGCCUGUGAAUGAUGAUUUAGAAGCUCUGAAGGCCCCAAGUUUAGUAGUCGUUAUCAAGAAGGCCCUUAUUUCAAAGGGCAAUAUCUGAAUAAAUUCCAGGAAACAACAUCUAUAACUUAUCCAAUUCAACUUCUAAAGGUUCGUUAUCCAACGAACUCAAAUAAGUUAAAGGAAUAUUAUAGUUUUGUUAAAAAAAGUUAAUUUUUUUCAAAGCUAUCUUUGAAAAAAAACUAUAAUUUAUGUUUUGCAGUUAAAUGAAACAAAAAAAAAUUAGCUAAUAAUGUAUUCUUAAUAUAUUUUAACUUUACAUAUUGGGAAUUUUACGAGGUAAAAGAUCCUGAAAAUUAAAAAAAAACAAGUUUUGAAAAAUUAUGUUCUGGUUUAUACUACGGGUUAACAUAUUUACAUUUUACAUUCUUAUUUUACACAUACAAAAUGUAAAAAGGGCUGUAAAAAAUAGCGUCACAGGUCCGAGCUGAAAUAAAACAUUAAUUUUAACUUAAUUAUAGUGCAGUUUAAUUAAAAAAUACUAAAACAUCAUUAAAAAAUUACAAUUUCCAUGUUUUUGAGGAAAAUCCAUAACACGAUAUAAAUGCAUCAUUUUUAUGAUUUUUAUGAAAAGAAUAUCGAUAUGCAACAACCCUAAAACUCCUAGUCUAGACCACCUCGCAGCGCCUCUUGGCUAUUUUAAUCCGAAAUCAGCCAAAAUUAUUCGCAAUAUGGACGAGUCGGAACUGCUCUUCAAUCUGUUCUAUUUCCUAUUCUGUAUGGUGAUCAUUUACCCGCCCGAGGAGUUCCAGCGCCUGGGCUUCACCAUAGAGCAGCUGUUUGCGCGGUUCCUGGGUGACGAGUACCUGGACUUUGUGGGCUACCAUCUGCGACGGACUUCGCUAAACCUCUUCGUGCACUCCUGCCUACCGUUCUCAUACUUUCUGAUUCACAGGCUCAAGUUUUCCGUCUUCGCCACCCAA